AUGUCUUAUGAAGUUGCUUCAACGUAUAAUGUUGAAAUCAUUCAGCUGCCGGUUCGCCACUGCCAGUUGAAUCCGAUAGAGUUGGCUUGGGCAGGCCUCAAAGAUUAUGUUCGUGAUAAGAAUACUCGGUUUAGGAUUCGCGACGUCGAAAAUCUGACAAUGGAAUGGUGUGUAGCCUUAGGACCAGAGGUUGCAGGUGGAUAUUUUGAGAAAGUGAAAGAAUAUGAAGAAAUGUUCAAAUGGGCGGACGAAAUGAUAGAGACUGAUGUUGAACCUGGCAUCGAUGAAGAAGACAGCGAAGGAGAAACCACAGAUGACGGACUGAGUGAAGACAAUGAGGAAAUUUAA